UUUUUUCACGACGUACGUGGGAAAUACUUGACAUAACUUUGUCACCUCAUCCAGCGUGCAACGGCCAGUUGCCAAUACUCUGUCUGACCGUUGAAGUGGAGACAUUUUAACCCUGCUACACUAGCCUACAUGGGAUUUUCCUAAAUUGGGAACGGUUUUUGAAGAUAACAUCACCUUGCGGUAGGCUAUGAAAUCGACGUCACUUGUCACCAGUUAGGCCUACACACUGACCACGGCCAGUCCUAAACCAAGAGAAAGCUGAGAUCCUGACUAUGGAGACAAUUCCUUUGCUACACAAAGACAUCCAUUACAGGUCAAGCUUUGACUGGAGACCGAAGCUAAAACUCACUACCUGGGGGAAUGAGGGUCAAGAAGAGGAGCUGUUUAUCCAGCAAGCUGUUGUAAUUGUUGAAGACGCCAUACAUUAUCGAUCCAUAAACCAUCGCAUGGACUUCCGAUCACUCAUAUUGUACAGUUGGUACUUCUCCAGACCCUGUCAAUGGGGGCUGAACGUGGUCAUCACAGUGCUUCUGGCCCUGGCCUUCAUAGAGAAACCAACAUCCCUUACUGUGACUUCAGACCUGCGCUACAGACAGCAGAAAGCUACAUGGGAACCUCCCUGUGGCCUUACAGAGACCAUUGAGAUUGCCUGCCUCCUCACGUUGAGUCUUGAUCUCCUUCUCAAGUUGUAUCUCAUCGGCCGAGAGGAAUUCCUGAAGUGUAAAUGGCUAAUAGGCAACAUGGUGGUCAUCACAGUGUCUAUUGCUGAUUGGAUGUUAUCCCUGGGUCUGGCUUGUGAUGGCACAAUGAGAAUUAGAAGAAUUUUGCGUCCAUUCUUCCUCCUUCAAAACUCAUCUUUAAUGAAGAAAACCUUGAAAUGCAUCAAGAGGACAGUACCUGAGAUUGCAAGUGUGAUGUUCCUUGUGGUUCUACAUGUGUUCCUGUUCACCAUGUUUGCUAUGCUGUUGUUUGUCCGGGGCGAGAACCCAGAAGAGAAUAAGGAAUGGGACUUCUAUUUUAGAAACUUUCCUCAGUCACUCACAUCACUGCUAGUCCUGCUGACCACUGCCAACAACCCAGACGUGAUGACACCGGCGUAUUCCCUGAACAGAGCCUUCUCAGCUUUCUUCAUGCUCUUCAGUGGCUUUGGAACUUUUUUUCUGAUGAAUCUUGUGACGGCUAUCAUCUACAAUCAAUUCAGGGGAUAUCUAGUGAUGUCAAUCCAGACAUCCAUCUUGAGGAGGCGGCUGGCUAUCAGGGCUGCGUUUGAGCUGCUCCAUGGACAGGUCUUCCAGGAACGCAGCCACACCGAGGAAGACACAAGUGAGUGUGUUCUGGUCAAGACUGUUGUGAAGGUGAUGAAGAGGGUGAAAAUAAACGAUUACUACAGAAAAGCCAUCAUCAGGAAAGCCCACCAGUCGUACUGUGGCUACCUUGGCCGGAAAGCUUUCCAGGAGCUGUUUGACGAGCUGGACAAGGACAGGAUCAAAGAGCAUCCUGUGUUGCCCAAAUACUCCAGCAGGAGCCUGCAGAGAGUCCAACGUGUCUUCAGCCAGCAUUACAUUACCGUCGUGGGGAACAUGGUGGCUCUGUCUAAUGUCAUCUGCAUUGGU